AAAAAUUUAGUAAAUCACUUUUAGUUUUCCGCCAAAACAAACGCGCCAAAACAGAUUUCCCUAUUUUAUUACUUUUUUCCAACUUUUUAGCGCUCAAUUUUAGUUUCCACUGCAUCUAGGUUUUCUCUUUUCAUUAUCUAAACUAAGUUCUUGCAUCUGAGUGUUCGAUUUUUUGAUCUCUUCCGCUGUGUUCAACCCAAAAUCUGGUUCUUGGAGAUAAAUCAUCCUUAUCGCCGGAAUAAAAGUUCUUUUGAUAAUACAAAGGAAGAAAGACUUGCACCACAAGCUUUGAGUGGAGAUGAUGUUCUUGCACAACUUAAUACAUCUUCAUAAGGGUUAGUUGGUGGUAGCACAAGAAAAAGAAAAAGAGAUACCAAAAGAUGUGACAAUUGGAAGAAGAAAAGUAUAUUCUUUGAACUCCCAUAUUGGAGGACUUUAUUGUUGAGACAUAAUUUGGAUGUGAUGCAUAUUGAAAAGAACAUUAGUGAAAGUGUAAUAGGAACUCUAUUGGAUAUAGAAGGGAAAACAAAGGACACAUUGAAAUCUCGAUUGGAUAUACAAGAGAUGAAAAUUAAAAAGCCCCUUCAUCCAAUAAAAAGUGGGGAUAAGUACAUACUUCCUCCGGCAAGCUAUACAAUGUCUAAAGCUGAGAAGAUUCAAUUUUGUCAACUCAUCAAAGAAGUCAAGUUUCCUGAUGCUUAUGCUUCUAACAUUGGUCGUUGUGUCAAUAUUAAUGAAGCGAUUGUGCACUAAAGAGUUGCAUGUGGAAAGGUUAGAGAAACUAGAUAAAAGCAUACGGACGACAAUUUGUAAAUUAGAACGUGUGUUCCUGCCAACGUUCUUUGAUGUUAUGAUUCAUUUGGUAAUUCAUUUGGAAAAUGAGGCAAAAAUGGGUGGUCAUGUUCAAUAUCGAUGGAUGUAUUACAUUGAAAGAUAUUUGCGCACGUUAAAAGGUUAUGUACGCAACCAAGCUCGCCCUGAAGGAUCAAUUGUCGAGGGCUAUCUUGCGGAGGAGUGUAUGGUAUUUUGUUCUAAAUAUUUGAUUGAUAUGGAGACAAAGCAAAGUCGUCCGGAUAGAAAUUUUGAUUCUCCCAACAUAAAUCCCAAUGGCUUGUCCAUAUUUAACUGUCAUGGUAAGUCAUUAGCAGGGGGUGAAUGGAAAAGCUUAAGUAAUCUUGAAAUCAACCAAGCUCAUUUUUAUAUCCUCCAAAAUUGUGAGGAGGUCAGACCUUGGAUUGAAGAACAUCUAGAUAUAUUGGCAAAGAAGAAAAAUAGAAAUAUAGCCAAGAGGCACAAGGAGGAAUUUCCUUUGUGGUUUGAAGAAAAGGUGGUCCAGUUAAAAGAGAAUGGUGAUGGUCGAGUUACCGAUGAAUUGUUAGCUUUGGCAAGACUUCCGGAUAAUUGUGUUUAUUGCCAUAAAGGAUAUAUCUUAAAUGGUUUUAGGUUUCAAACAAUAGAAUCUGAGCUAUAUUUGAAAACCCAAAAUAGUGGUGUAGUUGUAAAGAGUGAUGAACAUACAAAAAAUAUUGAUUAUUAUGGAAAGAUAAGAGAGAUUUUAGAUAUCCACUAUAUGGGUAAUUCAGUCAUAUUAUCAAGUGUGACUGGUUUGAAGUUCCUCCACAAGGUCGAAGUCAAAGCAGAGGUUACGAAAGGGAUGAAUAUGGAUUCAUACGUGUAGAUGUGACACGACUCCAUUACAUAAAUGAUCCAUUCAUUUUAGGCUCGCAGGCUCAAUCUGUGUAUUAUGUUAAACAUGGUCAAAGUGAGAAAUGUUGUGGUAAGGGUAAGACCACGAAAUUUGUAUGAUAUUCCCGAACAAGAAGAAGAAGCGGAGCCAUAUCAAUUAAUUGACUUGGUUGAAAGGGAAGAAGCAAGCCUUCAAGCAGAAUCGAACAAUGAUGUCAUAAUAAUACAAAGAGAAGAUAUUGAUGGAGUGAGUGUUGAAGCACCUUCUCUAAAUAAUGAGGAAGAAGUAGAUUUAGAAGUUGGGGAUGAAUCUGAUCAUGAAAAUGAGGAUGAAUUUAAUAAUUCUGCAACUGAUGAAGAAUAUCUUUCCGAGGAAGAAGAUAAUGAAAACGAGGAUGAUGAUUGGUUGUGAUCUUCAUCUAGUCCUCAAGACUACUUUGCUUAUUUCAAUCGCUUUCUUCACACGACUUCUAUCCAUCACCCUGCCGAAAUGCCUAUCAUGACAAUAAAUGUGCAUGUUUCUAGUAAUACUUAAUCUGCUACCGAUGUAGUUUCAAAUUUAAAGCCAGGAAAAAAGAGAAAGGGAAGGGGGAAGACAACAGGGCUUUCAGUUCAAAAGAAACGGAAAGAUAGUGACAAUGGAAAGUUGAAGGUUGAUUCUUCCUGUUACGGAGUCAUUUUGGUCAUCUUAGUAUCUUGAUAUUUUUUGUGUUGCUUUUACAUGGCUUCCCAAACAGCCUCUUUAUCUUCACAAGAUAGGGGAUGAGUAGCAUUCCUGACAUCCGGUUCAUGUAGUGCACAAGCUGGUGGAAGAAGAUUUAUUUUUUGGGUUACUAUUAGAAUAGAACUUAAGGACUUUGGAUAUAUGAUACUUUUGUUUGUUUUGUAAGUAAAGAUAUACUUUUUAGGAUUAUGUAGCUUUUGAAAAUUAGUAUAUCCACUGCAUCAAUUUUAUGUA